AUGCGCAUGUCUGGAGUACGGUCGAGAUAUGGCAAGGAUCCAGAGUUUUAUCUACUUGCUCGGCUAGCGCCUGGAAAGGAGAACCUCGCUAGUUUGACAGAUGAGUCUCUGCAUGGCCGGCAUAAAGCCAAAUUGGCUCCUGCAUACACGCAAGAUGUCAAUGGAGCCAGAGAACUUACCAUCGACGCCCAUCUAUCAGACCUGCUCGAUUCUAUUCGCACAAACUAUCUUGCAACUUCCACGUCCACAAAUACCAUGGAUUUGGCAAAAGAAAUGCAAUAUUUCACGACAAAAGCCAUUAUUGAGCUAACUUUUGGACCGGCGUUUGACGACUUACUCACAGACGAGGUUGUGGGAAGUCUGGUUGACAUGCCUGAGGAUGCUUUCAAUUUUCCUGGCUUCUUAUAUGCCAUGAGGCUUACGAAGUUUAUGGGAUCGCCGAUUAUUAGCCGUCUUUUGUCUCCGAAAGAGAAUCCUGAGGUUGGCAUGGGCAAGUUUUUAAGUGUGACAAAUCAAUUGAAUGAUGAGAAAUUCCUGGCGAGCAUACCUAAGAAUACUCUGGGGAUGAUUCAGGUCUACAUACAGAACGGUCUAGAUUCAGAACAGGUUGCCCAUGACGCAUUAACUCAAGUUCUAGCGGGACAAGUUACGGUGUCUGCUGCGAUCAGUGGAAUCAUUUUAUUAUUGAUGAGCAAUCCUAGAGUCUUGUGUACACUGCGCAAGGAAAUCGAUGAUGCCUGGGACAGAAGUAGUACUUCCGAGCACGAGGGAAAGAAAAUCGUCACAUGGACGGAAACACUCGAGCUGCCCUAUCUACAAGCAGUCAUUCGUGAAGGUCUCCGCAUUUUUCCUCCCACGGUGGACCCUCUCCCUCGAAUUACGCCUCCCGAAGGCGAUAGCGUAGAAGUCGGUGACCGGAACGUCUUUAUACCUGGUGGUACCAGGGUUCUCACCAGUACCUGGGCUAUCACCCGACGAACAGAUGUUUUCGGCGAAGAUGCAGAUAUAUUUCGACCCGAACGCUGGAUUGGUCUAGACACAUCUACUAGUGUGCGAAUGCAAAAGGUUGCGGAUUUGAUUUUUGGAUUCGGCAAGGGUCGAUGCUUGGGUAUAACGAUUGCGAGAAUUAUCAUUUCUAAGGCUGUCUUUGAGCUCGUGCGACGAUACGACAUGGCAUUGACAAAGCCAUGGUCACCGAUGACCAAUGUUUUGAAUAUGGGUGCAUGGGAACGUAGCAAAAUGAUGGUUAUAGUGACGGAGCGAGAAGCAGUUUGA